UCACUCAGCCCUCCCCUCUCCCCUCUCACCAUGCUGUCUCUUGCUGGCUGCCAAACAAAGGGGCCUUAUGGGGCCUCGCCAGCAAUUGCUAGCUCGUCCAAUAUGUAGAGAGACUCCUCCUUACAGGAUUCUCUCCUUCCCCCGGCGUCUCGAUGGUGAAUAGAUGCUAUAUACAUGGGGAACAACAGGAGGGGCUGCUCCAGCGAUUCUUAUUUCUCCAGUACUCUAUGGUCAGUCCAUGCAUUAGCCGGGAACACACAGGCACUGGCAACAGCAGCGGCAACUGGGAGGCUGCAGCACCAACACCAGGCGUGCGCGUCCUGUGGCUGCUACUGGGUAACUUUGUGCAUCGCAAUAGAUCCCUCUCUUCUCAUUAUUGUCAUUGAGAAGUACAAUCAGCUCCUUUCCUUUGGGCAGCCCAGCCAAUGUGUGGGCUAAGAUGGGAUUUGGAAGCAGGACAGAUAAGUGACAGACUAGUGCACUUGUAAUGCUUGCAGAGCUACUACCUACCAAGCGGCAGCAUCCUUGUGCGAUUGUUUGGGAUGUAGUGCUACAGAACUGAGCUGUUGUCUGCAGUCGCAUUUGUAUAUCAGCUGCAAAUGAAGAAAGUGCUGCCACCGGACGCUGUCAUCAUGUUCCAUGUUUGAGAACUAUUUGUCCACACCAUGGUUCUUCUUAUAUUGCCAUAGAGUAGAGGACUGGACAGUAGGAUGCUUCGUAUCUUUGGUAGGAAAUCAUCUGGAAGGCGACAGAGUGGAAAUUAUGCUGAAACAGAGGCAUAAAACACAAAGCUUUUCAGACAGCAAUUAAGAUAUUAUGGAGAUUGGGGGCCUACCACUGGAACUGUGGCGUUUGAUACUGGCAUAUUUGCCUCUGCGUGACCUGGGGCGGUGUGGCUUGGUCUGUCGGUCUUGGUAUGAUUUAAUACUCAGCCUAGAUAACACACGAUGGCGACAGCUGUGCCUUGGGUGUGUUGAGUGCCGGCAUCCUAAUUGGCCGAUUCAGCCUGAUGUGGAGCCUCAAUCUUGGAGGGAGGCAUUUAAACAGCACUAUGUAGCAUCAAGGACAUGGACAAAGAAUGCACAAGACCUGGAGUCAUCUAACUGUCUAUAUUUAUUCCGGAGAAAGAAGGAUCGUAGAGUGCUGUAUGUUGGGUAUGGCUGUGAGUAUGAAAAUCUCAGGACAGCCCUGGCUUCAGCUAAUAUCUAUGACCGUAUCAUACUCCUGCCAGGUGUAUAUGAAGAGCAAAAUGAGAUCACUCUGAAGAUUCCAGUAGAGAUUAUGGGCCAGGGAAAACUUGGUGAUGUAGCAUUACUUGUCUGCAUUGACCAACAGUGCCCUACCUCUCGGCUAUGCAACUUGGUCUUCAUGCCCGCGUGGUUUACUCCAGUCAUGUUUAAGACAUCCAUUGGCCAUGUGCAGUUUGAUAAUUGCAACUUUGAAAAUGGGCAGCUCCAGAUACACGCACCAGGCACUUGCCAGGUGAAAUUUUGCACUUUCAACCAGUCCAGCAUCCAUUUCCACAAUGUUGCCCUCAGCGUGCUUGAAAACUGUGAAUUUGUCAGCAGUGAAAAUGCAUCUGUGACUGUUGAGGGCUCUCCCACAUCUGAUAAAAACUGGGCGUGCAAACAUCUUUCAGCCUUUGCCAAAUCAAGGAACAUUUUGUUUAAUGCUCCUGAGGCCUCACAUUGUGGGUCUGGCAGCACUGAUUACUUUGGAAAUGGAUCAUCUGGUGUACAUUUAAGGACUUGUGAAAUAAUGGUUAAUAGUGACAAAGCAAGUGAUAAAGAAAAUGAAAUUAAUGGAAACAUUUACAGGGGCAAAGAAGAAGAAGCCAUCACACUAGACACAGAGUAUAGUGACAGCGACGUGAGCACAGUCAGUGAAAAUGAAGAUGAUGAACAGUCAGUGUACAAGCUGUCAUAUCAUUCCCAUGGCUUAAGCCACAUGCUAGCCAAGUCCAUAAAGUGCAGGCCACAGAAUAAUGGACUGCUCACACUUCAAAGUGAUAUGUCAUUAAAAAGUUUUCAACAUGAGUUGCAGAGGGACAAGGAGUUACAGACUCUUGUUAACACAAUUCAAGGAUGUCUCAUACGAAAGUGCCUUUUUAGAGAUGGGAAGGGAGGGGUCUUCAUAUGUUCUCAAGGGCAAGCUAGACUGGAAGGAAGCAUCUUCAGGGACCUGACCUAUGCAGUGCGAUGUAUACAGAACAGCAAGGUGAUUAUGUUAAAGAAUGAUAUAUAUCACUGCAAAGCAUCAGGAGUAUUUUUGCGCCUGGCAGCUGGAGGCCUUAUUGCUGAUAACAACAUCCAUUCAAACACAGAAGCAGGAGUGGAUAUACGCAAAGGAGCUAACCCCGUUGUACUGUGUAACAAGAUACACAGUGGCCUCCGUUCUGGCAUUGUUGUCCUGGGCAAUGGGAAAGGCAACAUUCGCAGCAAUCAGAUUUUUGGAAAUAAAGAAGCUGGCAUUUAUAUUUUGUAUAAUGGGAACCCUAUUGUGAGUGGAAACCAUAUUUUUCAAGGGCUUGCUGCUGGUAUCGCAGUGAAUGAAAAUGGAAGGGGUCAGAUUACAGAAAACGUCAUUCGUGAAAAUCAGUGGGGUGGAGUAGAUAUCCGAAGAGGUGGUGACCCAGUUCUACGUAGUAACCUCAUAUGCUGUGGGUAUUCUGAUGGAGUGGUCGUGGGAGAAAGAGGAAAGGGUCUCAUUGAAGGAAAUACUAUUUAUGGUAACAAAGGAUGCGGUGUAUGGAUCAUGUCAUCCAGCCUUCCACAUAUCACCAGCAACCAGAUUGGAAACAACAGUAUUUAUGGAGUUGCUGUCUUCUGUCGCAAAGAUGAUGCCAGUGACUACCUUGCUAACCAGGCUGGAAACGAAAACUUUAAUGAUGAUGGAGAGGCUGCCAACUGGGAAAACGAUCUGGAUAGUGAGGAUGAUCGGUUCUCCUCAAGAAGGCCUAUCAACGUAGCUCUUAUUGAGUCCAACAGCAUUAUCCAUAAUGGAGCAGCAGGAUUGUACAUCAAGAGCAGCGAGGCACUGAACAUCAUGGCCAAUGCAGUACAUGCCAACCAGGACUGUGGGGUUGCUGUCUUUCAGAGCACACAGUUAACAAGAAUUGGAAACAACAGCAUUUCAUGCAACAGACUGAGCGGGGUCCAUGUGGAGGCAGGAUGCAGAGUGGAGCUGAGGGGAAAUGGCAUUUAUGAUAACAAAAGCCACGGCCUCAUUUCCAAGGGUGAUGGGAUCAUAUUAGAAAAUGACAUCAUUGGAAACCGAGGGUGCGGGAUCCAGCUGAUACAGACUGCAGACAUGAAGGUGACCAGGAACAGGAUCCAGUCAAUUCACGAUUAUGGCAUAGCACUCCUUGACCUGGCCAAAGGGCUUGUGCAGGAAAAUACAAUAUUUCAAGGGAAAUCUGGAAGCAACAUUCUGCAGCAAGUCUCUAAUGCUGAAGAUUGCAUUGUCCAACAUAACAAACUGCUAACCUUCAAGAAAAAGUCUGAUGUAAGCUGGACAUUAGAGAAUCCACCUGCACGACCGUAUAUUGAAGGAUGCACAAGAGGUGUCUCCAGCACACAAAGCACCCAACGAGUUGCAACAGUGACUACCAGAAUAGCUGCGAGAGUUGAAGGACGGUGUCACAACAACGGCAGUAUCUUCUGCACAAUCCUUUGACUGUAGGAGGGAUUGUAACGUCAUUUUAUAGAAUUCCUUGCUAGAAGAAUAUAACUGGGGUGGAACUGAUAUUAUGUGCCACAAGAGGGACGAGGCACCACCAAAGAGCUGAUUUCAGAACAGUUUCCAUAUUACACUGACCAGCACUAUUAAUGCUCUAAAACACAGAAGAUUAACAUUUUAAGAUGGACAUGAGAAUGAGAACAAUAGUCACCCAAUCAAGCAUAACCCUCUGUUAUAAUUAUCACAGUAUGUGUUGCCAGCAAAGACCAAUAUAAUAUUAUCUAUUUGGUGGGGGUCACUAUUAAAAUAGUAAUGUCACCUA